GCCAGUUGGAUUGUGAGUCAUCACACUGUAAAGAUAUCGACAGCAUAGUUCCUGCAGGCUGCCGCGUGUUGGACCUUUGGAACAGUUUCGACAGCCAAGGCGCAAUUUUACUUGGAGCCAACCCCGGCGAAGCGGCUCGCUGUUCAACAAAGAUGGCCGGCUCGAUGCAGCGGGGGACGCACUGCGUAGUACACGGAUUCGGAAGCCACGUAGAAAUGAAGACGGUGGAAUUUAUGGACAAGCUCGAGUGUUGGCAGGCCUGCAGUUGGUGCGGCUUAGUGUGUUUAGAGAUGUAUCGGCUGUCAUGUCGGCACAUCUUAUGUAAAUUGUGCUUAGACAAGUAUAAGCACCCGGAUGCUAAAUACGUGGUUACAUGCUGCGAAAUUGGACGAGCCUAUUCUCGAAUAGAAGCAGGUCACCCUGGCGACAAGCGCAUACGUUGCGUGUACGCAGGCAGUGGCUGCGACUUCGUUGGACCUCUGCAAAAUUUGGACGAACAUCUGCGGGAUAGCUGUGCCCUGUACAUGGCGGCGUGCCAUAAGUGCGGAGGCACCUUUGCCCACAAGGACAUGCGGAUCCAUUACCCCGCGUGCGCUGGCAGACAAGGGGUGUUUCUUCGCUCCUCGGACGCUCGUUCCGCGCUUGACAACUUGAGCGCCGCAUGCGAGAAGUUCGAGACGGCUGUGACCUCGGCCGGACCGGAUGACCGCGGCCCGCUACGGGACACGCUCACUAUGGUACGCGAACAGUUAACAAGGAUUCAAGGCCAACUGGCUACGGGCACCCCGUGGCAAUUGAGGGAGUGCGACGUUUCUCGUCUCGGCAAGUAAGUG